CUGUUGAACUCAGAGGGCGCUGACACCUCUUGUUCCAGGGCAGGCGCCUCGCCGAAGAGAAGGAGGAACAAUUCUCCGUCAUCAGUGUUGAGAAAGAGGUCUCAUAAGACUAAUUUGGAUUGCUCCAGGUUGCGGGGCAACUCCUUUGCCUCCCCUAGGAAAAGCGCAGACUGGCAUGGUUUGGGCACGUGGUAUGGUGUGGGUGCCUCUGACCCUGCCCUGUACUGGGUGGGAAGGGCAGAAACACCAUACCAUUGGCUUGGUUCUGGCUUCCGGGUGUCUGUUGAGCCUGGUACCGAUGAGGGAAAUGCCGGUACUGACUGAGUUCAUGUUGUAAGCGUACCAGGCAGCCUCAGACCUCUUUUGCCUUUCGGUCCUAACCUCCCCAUUCAUCCAGCACUUUCCCAGGGCUGCGCCACCUGUGGCCCCUCUGAUGGAGCGAGCCACUGCGCCUCCAUGUCUGUUGGCACCGCACCCAAGUGCUCCCCUUCCAGUGGUGGGGGUGUAGCUGGUACCAGAAUUGGUGCGGGGAAGCUUGGCACUGGGUCCUCUUCAGCACCACCACAGUUGACUCUGCAAGUACUCUCAUGGAAGGAUAUCCGCAUCUUUCCAUAUCUUGACAACUGGUUGCUGAAGGUAGAUCCAGAGAGGGGGGUUUUCACCCACGUUGACACUACGUUGCAUUUGCUUGACAGUCUGGGACUCCUUUUAAACACCUCAAAGUCAGCCUUGGCUCCCACUCAAAAAGUCAAGUUUGUUGGAGCCUUUUUAGACUCCACAGGUCAAGAGCAUUCCUGCCAACCAACUGCUUCCAGUCAAUGCAGCAGCUCUGCUUCAGUCUGCGAUCCCAGCCAUCCACGACAGUCAGUGUGUGUCUGAGCCUGCUGGGCUGCAUGUCCGUGUGCAUGCAGGUGGUCCAGUUUGCCAGGUUCCGCCUUGACCCCCUUCGGAUGUAGCUCAGGAUGGUUUACCGCCCUGCUCUGCAUCCUCUGGAAAGUCUAUGCAAGCGGCAAGAUGUCCUACAGAUGAACUAUCAUUAAGCAAUUGUGCUGUGGUGAAUGAGAAGGACUUCCAGGCUGGCUUGCAUGUAGUUGUGAGGACUUCUCCAAACCACAGAUACAUUUUCACGUUGAGAACCCAUUCAUCAGUUGUUCCAGGCAGUAUCGCGUUCAGCCUGCCCCAGAGAAAAUGGGCCGGCCUCUCCAUUGGACAAGACAUAGAUGUCUCCCCAUACACUUUCGACAAGACCAAGCAGUGCAUCGGCACUAUGACAAUUGAGAUAGACUUUUUGCAGAAGAAGAGCAUUGAUGCCAACCCGUAUGAUACAGACAAGAUGGCAGCUGAAUUCAUCCAGCAGUUCAACAGCCUGGCUUUCUCAGUCGGACAGCAGCUUGUGUUCAGUUUCAAUGAUAAACUUUUUGGCCUGUUGGUGAAGGAUAUUGAAGCCAUGGAUCCCAGCAUUCUCAAAGGGGAGCCUGGCACAAGCAAGAAACAAAAGAUUGAUGUGGGUCUGGUUGUUGGAAAUAGUCAAGUUGCAUUUGAAAAGGCUGAGAACUCCUCUCUCAAUCUGAUUGGUAAAUCUAAGACCAAGGAGAACCGCCAGUCAAUCAUCAACCCUGACUGGAACUUUGAGAAGAUGGGGAUAGGAGGUCUUGACAGAGAAUUUUCAGACAUCUUCCGUCGAGCGUUUGCCUCUCGAGUUUUUCCACCAGAGCUUGUGGAGCAGAUGGGCUGCAAGCACGUGAAAGGCAUCCUGUUAUAUGGACCGCCAGGCUGUGGUAAAACACUGAUGGCUAGACAGAUUGGCAAGAUGCUGAAUGCCAGAGAGCCAAAGGUGGUCAAUGGUCCAGAAAUCCUCAACAAAUAUGUAGGAGAGUCUGAGGCCAACAUCCGCAAGCUCUUUGCUGAUGCAGAAGAGGAGCAAAGGAGGCUUGGGGCAAACAGUGGUCUCCACAUCAUAAUCUUUGAUGAAAUUGAUGCCAUCUGCAAGCAGAGAGGGAGCAUGGCGGGCAGCACUGGGGUCCAUGAUACUGUCGUUAACCAGCUGCUGUCUAAAAUCGAUGGGGUGGAGCAGCUAAAUAACAUCCUGGUCAUUGGAAUGACCAACAGACCAGACCUGAUUGAUGAGGCCCUGUUGCGACCUGGGAGAUUGGAGGUGAAAAUGGAGAUUGGUUUGCCAGAUGAGAAGGGCCGACUUCAGAUUCUUCAUAUCCACACAGCAAGGAUGCGGGAACACCAGCUGCUGUCUGAAGAUGUAGAUAUUAAAGAACUGUCUGUGGAGACCAAAAACUUCAGUGGUGCUGAAUUAGAGGGUCUGGUGCGAGCGGCACAGUCUACUGCUAUGAACAGACACAUAAAGGCCACCACCAAAGUGGAAGUGAAUAUGGAGACGGCAGAGUGUCUGCGGGUGACAAGGGGAGACUUCCUAGCCUCUCUGGAGAAUGAUAUCAAGCCGGCAUUUGGAACAAACCAGGAGGAUUAUGCAAGUUACAUCAUGAAUGGCAUUAUCCAGUGGGGAGACCCUGUAACAAGGGUGCUGGAAGAUGGAGAAUUGCUUGUCCAGCAAACCAAAAACAGUGACCGCACUCCGCUGGUUAGCGUUCUUUUAGAAGGUCCCCCACAUAGUGGAAAGACUGCCUUGGCAGCAAAGAUUGCAGAAGAAUCCAACUUUCCAUUUAUCAAGAUCUGUUCUCCUGAUAAGACAAUUGGCUUUUCUGAAACUGCUAAGUGCCAAGCUAUGAAGAAGAUCUUUGAUGAUGCAUACAAGUCCCAGCUCAGCUGUGUAGUAGUCGAUGACAUUGAAAGGCUCCUAGAUUAUGUUCCUAUUGGACCACGAUUCUCCAACUUGGUGUUGCAGGCCCUUCUCGUGCUGCUAAAAAAGGCACCUCCUCAGGGUCGCAAGCUUUUAAUCAUUGGAACCACCAGCCGUAAAGAUGUCCUGCAGGAAAUGGAAAUGCUAGACGCUUUCAGCACCACCAUUCAUGUACCCAGUAUUGCGACAGGAGAGCAGCUGAUGGAGGCCUUGGAGCUUCUUGGUAACUUCAAAGAUAACGAGCGCAGCACCAUUGCACAUCAUGUCAAAGGGAAGAAAGUGUGGAUCGGAAUCAAGAAGCUCCUGAUGUUGAUCGAGAUGUCAUUGCAAAUGGAUCCUGAUUAUCGUGUGAGAAAGUUCCUGGCACUCCUAAGAGAAGAAGGGGUUAGUGUGCUCGACUGAGCGGAGAUGGACUGUGUGCAGAGCUCAGUGGCUGGAGAAGUGACCAAGCUGGAGAAUACACUGGGAUCCGUGUUCUUCUGUUCAACAUACUGGACAAAGUGAAAUGUUCAUCUACCUUCAACAUCCCACUUGGAAUUUGCAUGUUUAGCGAAAUAAAAUAUCCCUUCUUUGCUCUUAAAUAUUCUGGUGUCUUGUGGAAUGGUCAGUCUCCUCUAGAAUACCUUGCUUCUGUUUCUGUGCACGCUAAAGUACGUUCUCACUGUUUUAUCAUGGAGGAAGUGUCCAAUGAAUUAUGAAGCUAACACUUAUGUCCAGCAUUAAAUUAAUACCACAACAUGGCACCUUUUCUGUACAAAAGUUCUACUUCUAACCUACAAUGGUGUAGUCUGCAGCUGUGUUGCAGUGUGUUUGUGAUAUCAUCAUUGUGAUGGAGAAUGCUCUCCUGUACAGUUGUCUGUUGUCAUGUGACCCAGUGGGAUUGGCUGUUGAGCCUGUGAUGUCACUUCCCCGUCCUGCCUGAUACGGUGACGGAUAGCCAGAGCUAGCUUGUCUGUGCGGAUUCCAAACACGCGGCAGUGUAGUCAUUGCCUCGGACAGCAAAGCGCAGUAAUAUAGCGGCUGCGGCCCACUUUGACAUGCACUCGGUUGGCGGCCCAGUGGGGCUAGCAGCAGUAGUGACUGCGGCUGGCAGAGGGCGGCAACGGGCAGAGUUGGGUUCCUUCCCUAGCUAGAUACGUGCACAACAAUCAUUUCUGUAAAGCUUUGAAGAAUUUUUUUAAUUUUCUCACUUAAGCAUCUUGUUUCCAUAAUGUCAGUUGAGAACCUAAAUUUUAUUAAAAUGUGGGUGGUAUUGAAGCCAGAACUGGCAUUAACCAGUAUAACUAAUCCUGCUUUCCUGAUGAGCUACUGAGAGUUGGAAAAAAUGAUCUUUCCUCUCAUCCUUUGAAAGGUAGGUAUCCAAGUUCUUUUUCCUGAGUUGUCCAGGUUCUUCAGGACCCCUUGUGUUGCCAGGGCAGGCUCGGUUUCCAUUCUUGCGCUGUGGUAAAGCAGUGUACCAAAUUUUGGCUGCAAAGCACCUGCAUGAUACUCUUUUACUGAUAACUGAGUGAGAAUUCUCUUCCCUCGUCAAUGAGCUCAGCCCGUAUUUUAACAAAGUGCAUGGAGCAUGCUGCUAUAUUUUCCCCACCCGUGACAGGGAGAGGCAAACAAUCAAAGCCAUUUGCAGGAACAUAAAGCCCAUGUGGCUUCACAAGCUGCCUAGGCAUACUGCCAAAGGCUAGCAACUCAGACACCCCUAGGGGUUUGGGAGCAACCUCCUUCUCUGCGAAUGUCCUUUGGCCCUGUGGUUGAAGGCAAACCAUUCUCUAGACCCUGCUGUGUACUUGAACCUGGUCAUGUGUUUUAGCCAUUUAACUUACCUCCUUGAUUUUUUCUUCUUUUGGUCAGUGCUGCUGUACUGUGAUUUUGUGAGUCCCAGUGACCAGUCUGCACCCUCCUAUAUUUGUGUAUGAUCUUGCGACUUUCAUUUGUCCCCUUCUUCCCCCCCAAAUCCCAGUGAAAGCGGCACACGAUGUAUUAAUUUAUGUCUCAGAUUAAAUGAUGUAAACAUUUAUUGUGGUUUUUUGUCCAAAGAGAUAUUAAGAAACAUAAAUAUUAUAUGGUUUAAAUGUAAAUCAUGGAUGCAAUAAAAAGAACAUACUUGGAA